AUGCAGCGUCGAACGUCAUCAACUAGCCGGUUACAGCCUGCGGAGCCGGCGUCAGGUCGUGGUUCUCGCUUGGAGAAUCGUGCUCUUGCUUCCAGGAGGGACGGAAGUGCUUCGUCAGGCAGGCAACGUCCCUCGUCUAAUUUGCGACGGCAAUCGCAAGUUCCUAGUAUUUCGCCGUCGAAGAAGUUUCUUUCCUCCUCGCGGUCGUCGAGGUCCGGCGCAGCAUUAGCAGGUGAAGAGUCGUUCCCGGACCUCAAUGUUAAGGGGUCCGCCAGACGGAACAUCCAGGUUUGGACCGAUGACCUGCGGAAGCGAUUGCAACGGGUUUCGGACCUGUUCGAACCGCAUGAGCGCCGUGCGCUUGCUGCGGUCAGGGCGCAGGCGCGCGCGCAAAACGUGUCUGUCGCCUCAAGGCGAAAACAGGAUGAGACGCCGAGCGAGAAGCUCGCAAUGCUGCAUCACCGGAUGGAGCAAGGGGAGCGGGAGUUGGCGCAAGCGAAGAAGAGCAUGCUGGAUUUUCUGGAGGCAGCCGAACAGGCACUUCCGGUGGACCUGGAAGCUUGUGCACAGUAAAUAGCUGAAGUGGGUCAGAUUGGCGGAGGUUGCAAACAAAGCAUGUUGAUAUUUGAUGCUCAGCAAAAACAAAGAGACAAACUACUCAAGUAGAUGCAGACCGCACAGAAACAGACGGUCUUCUUCGAGAAUAAAGCUGAUUUUGGAACUUUGUGAGUGGCGUGAGUAGUUGUUUGUGGUACGAAC